GAGUUACUAAAUGGUUAUUUUUUCCAAAGCUAAGCAUCAAUCUGACCCCGUUACAAUUUGAAACCAUUCUGGACGUGUUUAGCUUUCGAAUUUGGAGGAUGACCGAACUAUAUCUAGUUUUGGAUAUGAUCCCUGAAACCCAUCCCAGUGUAGUGUAUUGUCAAAAGUAACUUCAUUCAACAAUGUUCGAUUGUUCGAUGACAUCUAACCACUUAUGUCCGUGAUGAACUAAAAUAUAUUUUUUCAACUAAGUCCCUUUAUUUGUAUUGUGUUUUAUUAGAUUUGUUUAAACUGUUAUAAAUAAAAGAGAAGGCUAUGUUCUAACUGAUGGCUUACAAAAAAUUCCUUUGUUAAUAUAUAUAUCCAACAACCUUUUGUGAUUGGCUUAACAAGCGCUUGUUCGUUAAUGAGAUUUUAUAUACAUCACUUCAAUCGUUCAUCUUGGUGUUCCCACCUAUGUUUAUUUUAUGGUAAUCGAAUUUCCUUACCUAUAACCAAUCAACAACCACAAUCCUUUUUAAGUUCAUAUGUUGCUAGCAAACCAAAGAAAUCUUUCAAAUUGGUGACCUUGAUUUCUGAACCAUAUGCUUCACAUGACGCAUGGCAUCCAACUAUACCCCCUCCACCGGAAUCAGGUCCUGCAGGUUGUUGCACAUGGUCAAGUGUAUUUUCCGAUUCUAUUUCGAAACCAAUCAUUAUUGAUGUACGAAGUCCUGAUGAAUUUAAUGAAGAUCACAUUCACGGAGCAAUAAAUCUUCCUGUUUUAAAUAAUGAAGAAAGAGCAAUCGUUGGCCGUUUAUACAAUCAAGGUGAUCGUAUUCAAGCUCGCCUUUAUGGUGCAUCUUUGGUCUGUGCCAAUAUUAGUCGUUGUUUGAAAGAACUUUCUUAUCAAUAUGGUUUACAACUAGACAAUUCGGUUCCUAUAAAUCAUCACUCUAAUGAAAACAAAAAAAUUAUAAAAUAUCCCGAUUUUUUUAUUUAUUGUUGGCGUGGAGGUCAAAGAUCUAAUUCUUUAGCAACUAUAUUAUCUGAAGUAGGCUGGCCGGGUAAUAUAUAUACACUUGUUGGUGGAUAUCGUUCUUGGCGUAGACUUCUACUUCGUCAGUUAGAUGCAUGGCCUCGUUGGUCUAUACUGAGUCCGUUUUGGGUCAUAUCUGGUCUUACUGGUUCCGGGAAAUCUUUAAUACUUCAAGAGUUACACGAUCAUGGUGAAACCGUUUUCGAUUUAGAAGCUUUGGCUAAACAUAAAGGUUCAAUGUUUGGUGGCGAUAGUGUAUUAUCAAAUAGUGACACUAGCGAUCACCAAAGCUCUACCAAUAAACGUAGUCAACAAAAGUUUUUUGAAUCUAAACUUCAUCAUGUAAUGAUGACAAAUAAGCAUCGAUUGUCAUCCUGCAAAAAUAUUUUAUGGAUCGAAUGCGAAUCACGGCAUAUUGGACCAGUUUGUGGGUUAUCUGAUGGUUUAUGGUCACGAUUAAGAUCUACAGAUCCAAAUGUUGGCACCCAUCGAUUAUGGAUUGAUAUUACAGAAGAAGCAAGAGUUGCUUGGAUUUUAGAAAAUUAUUCUACUGUUACUCGGAAUAUUCCAAAAGUUCUAGCUAUUCUCAAAAGUUUAAAUGAAUAUAUACCAGAUAAAUUGAUUAAUCAAUGGACUGAUAUGGUAUAUCGUGAAGAUUUCACCAGUUUUGUAACAGGUUUACUUCGACAUCAUUAUGAUCCAUUAUAUAUCAAAAAUCGUCGUCAUAUAAUUGAAGAUGCUAAAAAGAAUGGUUUAUUUCAUUGUAUCUCUCUUCAUAGUGUUGAUAAAACAACUAUACAAACAAAAAUUAUACCACAAAUAAUGGAUUUAGCAUAUACUAUAAAUUCUUCUAAUAUACAACAAAAUUGGUUACUUAAAAGUCAUGUAGCUAUUUAAACUUUUGCAUUUUUUCUUUUGUAUCUUUAUUCAUAUGAAAUUAUAUUUCAUGUCUUAUUUAUAACGAAUAUUAACAUAGAAUUGAAUAGC